UUUAUGGUUCUAUGACGCGCUGUGUGUGAAUCUGGAUAAAUAGCCCUGACAAGACAGAACCCCUGCUCUGGAUUGCACUUUAAACACGAGGCAGCCGGCUAUUGACGUUUCGUCGCACUCAUUCCACAGUCUACUGGAAGAGAAGGGACCUGUUAUGCACCAGGGUACCAGGGAAAUAGAAUGUGCAGGGGCUCUCUGGUGCGCCUUUGUUUUCUUUUAGGAAAGAUCUGAUGUGGUAAAUUAUACAAUUAAAACAAAAUCGUCAGCUUGCAUUUCUGAUUCCUCAAUUCCAUGUAAGAAAAGCGAAUGUGACUGAGUUUACACUAUUGCGCAUUUUAGAGAUACUAGAAGGGACCCUUAUUUUAAUGUAUUGAAAAUCUAUUGGAUCGCAAUAAGCAAAAUGUGGGGAAUGCCUAGGAUGAGAUAUGCAAACUGCAAUGGUUCAGAGGCAAGUGAGGAAACUGAGAUCGUGGUAAAUAUUGGAGGAGUGAGACAAGUGCUGUAUGGGGAUAUCCUGAACCGCUACCCGGAGACCCGACUCGCUGAGCUAGCCAACUGCUCUUCUGGGGGAUACGAUGCAAUUUUCUCCCUUUGCGACGACUACGACCCCGCUAGGAAAGAGUUUUACUUCGACAGAGAUCCAGGCGCAUUCAAGUGCAUUAUAGACGUGUAUUACUUUGGAGAGAUCCAUAUGAAAAGGGGCAUUUGUCCCAUCUGCUUCCAGAAAGAGUUGGAGUUUUGGAAAAUAGAUCCUAGUUUUCUGGACGACUGUUGCAAAAGCAAUCUGAGCGAGAAGAAAGAAGAACUACAAGAAAUAGCAAAUAGAGUACAGUUAAUAUUGGACGACUUGGAAGGAGAUCCCUCUGACGACCGCUGGCAAAAGUGCCAAAAGUUUAUUUGGAAGUUUUUGGAGAAACCGGAGUCUUCGCUUCCAGCGCGAGUGGUGGCCAUCAUGUCCUUUCUCUUUAUUCUGAUUUCUUCGGUGGUGAUGUGUGUGGGGACUAUCCCGGAGCUACAAGUGGCGGAUGCCGAAGGUAACCACGUGGAACACCCGACUUUAGAAGCCAUCGAGACAGUCUGUAUAGGCUGGUUUACCAUUGAGUACGUUCUCAGAUUAAUCUCGUCACCGAAUAAAGUGCAUUUUGCCCUCUCGUUUAUGAACAUCAUUGACAUUCUGGCAAUAAUGCCAUUCUAUGUGAGUUUAAGUCUCACCUACCUGGGUAACAAGAUGAUGGAGCUGUCCAACGUUCAGCAGGCCAUCCAGGCUUUGAGAAUUAUGAGGAUUGCAAGGAUUUUCAAACUGGCACGCCACUCUUCUGGUCUCCAAACUCUAACAUACGCUUUGAAAAUGAGCUUCAAAGAACUUGGAUUGCUACUCAUGUAUUUAGCAAUGGGGAUCUUUGUGUUUUCUGCCGUGGGUUACACCAUGGAGCAGAACCACCCGGAGACGCUUUUCAAGAGCAUCCCCCAAUCUUUUUGGUGGGCUAUAAUUACCAUGACUACUGUUGGCUACGGGGACAUAUACCCCAAAACCACCCUGGGUAAAUGCAAUGCAGCGAUGAGCUUCCUCUGUGGGGUGAUUGCCAUAGCCCUACCCAUUCACCCGAUCAUUAACAACUUCGUCAAAUACUAUGACAAACAGAGAGUGUUGGAGACUGCAGCCAAACACGAGCUCGAUCUGAUGGCACUGCAUUCCACCGAGAGGAAGGGAAGGAACGAAAGCAACGCUGCAGCUGGCUUGAACAGCAGGAACAUGUCCUAUAGCGACAGUCACAUUCCGCUUUUAUCAGACGCGAAACAGCGCAGAACAAGACUCCAAAGCUGUAAAUAAACUUUUUUUUUUCGUGUUGACAAACAGUCCUGGACGAUAUUGUGCAAUCUAUGAGCUGGAUCUAAGAGGUGACUAAUCAUGUCAUUAUUCUAUUACUUUCUUGUAUAGCUCUUUGGUAAAGAGGAAACAGUUUUGUCGCAACAACUGGUUGGGUCACUCUGAACUAUGUAGUUUAUCCUGAUGUUUAAAAUAUUUAUGAUGUGUGUGGCGUUACUGUAUCUGCAUGUUUAUCACAACGUAAUUUAGUGUAAUAUGCACACUUUCUGUAUGCGAAAGCCCGCGUAGCCUAUCCCUAAUAAAACCGUAUGUAAAAUGUGUUUGCUGGUCUCAUGUUUUUUUUUUUUUUACUGAUUAAUCUAAUAUUGUAAUGUUUAGAUCUAAAAAAAGACGUUCCAGCGCCAUUUUAACUGAAAGCAUUUUCCUUAAGUGUGUGUUACACAAUUAUACACGUGUUUUACAAAAGCCUUGUAAUUGCUACGCUAC